UGCGAUUGGGGGCAAGAACUAUGGAGAAGUGGCAAAUGGCUAUAGGAAGGUGGAAAUCAAAAACAAAAACAAAGGCAAGGCCUGUUCCAUUAAAUUGGAACAACAAAAGACUGGUGGUGGUCCUUGCAAAGCUCCACCACUACAUAACUAAGAGGAACGACUGAUGGCAGUUCUUGGCUGGCCAUUAUGGGGGACAGGAAUAAAGAACUGGGAGUUCCGUCAACAUCCAAAAUACAGACCACAUGUACCAAUAAUUCAGAAAUUGGUAGUUCGAGUCAAGCUCCAUCAGCAAUACCAACCACAAAUUUUGAAAUUGGACACUCUCUACCACCUUUAAUGCCACUGAAACGACAAAGGGAGAAAGAAGCAAUUACACCUCGAAUUCCACCAUAAAAAAAAAAAAUUAAAACCACCACA